CUACCAAUUAUCUCAGGCUUCCCUAGACAGCAUCAGGACUGAUCCACUUUCUCAGAGCGAUCUCCUCCUUCUCCAGCAGACUGCCUACAACGGAUGCAAAAGGCACCUCUGAAGCUUCCAAAGAUCCCCGUAUGAACCGACACCAAAACCUGGGAAAUAAGGAUGGAGAGAGACAUCAGCUGGAUGCAGAAGAGGAAGAAAAGAAAGAGGAAGAGAUGGGCAAGAAAGCGUGGGCUGAACGGAUGAAGAGCCUGAAGACUUUCCUUUGGAAUUCAGAGACUCGGGAAUGCAUGGGCAGGACUCCUCAGAGCUGGAGCCUGAUACUCCUUUUUUAUCUCCUCCUGUACACGUUCCUGGCUGGCAUGUUCAUAUUUUGUGUGUACGUAGUCUUGAUCACGCUGAGCCCUUACACGCCGAGGUACAGGGACAGGGUGGCCCCACCAGGAGUCACAAUUAGACCAUACAUAAACCAAGCCUACCAGAUUAUCAUCAACACCUCCCAACGUAGUACGUGGCAGCCUUAUGUGGACAACAUGGAAGAGUUCUUAAAAGAGUACGAUGACAAGGUUCAAGAAACCCAAAAUAUCCCAUGCACACCGGGCUCAUAUUUCAUACAAGAGAGUGACGAAGGUGCAAAAAAGAAAGCUUGCCAAUUCAAGAGGUCCCAGUUGAUGAAGUGCUCCGGAUUACAGGAUCAGACAUUUGGAUAUUCCCAGGGGCAACCUUGCAUACUGCUAAAGAUGAAUCGUAUUGUUGGGUAUCGGCCUGGCUAUGGCACUCCAGUUACUGCAAGUUGCAAAGUCCAGAAAGGUAAUGAAAGUUUUCUUCAGUCAGUAAAUUUCUACCCAAGUGCAACAUUUGAUCCCAUGUAUUUCCCUUAUUAUGGCAAACGCACACACGUUAACUACACGCAACCCUUGAUAGCAAUUCAUUUUAUCAGAAUUGAAAGAUCCCAGCUCAUCGACAUUCAAUGCCAACUGAACGGAAAGGGAAUUAUCAAUACUGUUAACAGCGACCGGUUCCUGGGGCGAAUCAUCUUCACACUAAGCAUCUGGAGCUAAGGCCAGACCAGCGUUUGUGAUCACCCUUUGAUGGCAAUCAAAUGUUUUCUCACUGUGGGAAAGUCAAAUUGGCCAUUUACAUAGCACCAGGAAAAUCCAGACCUAUUCUGAGGGAUCGUUUUCUUUGAAAAAACAAAAGAAAUGGUAACUCCCAAGAUAGACUAUGGAAUUAAAUAUAAAGCAUUUGAAUCAUUCAUCCUGUGAGUGUACACAUUAGUCAAAUACAAGAAUUUUUAAGAAGCAUUUUAAAUAAAUGAGAUAUUUCCGUUAGAUUUUUCCCUGUGCAUCAGGAGGGAUGGCACUUGGCAACAAAUUGAGUUUGCCAUGGCAUCCAUGUUACAAAAUAAUAGGUUUUAUCAUUUUCUUUUCUCCUUUUGGGAGGUACAUUCACUGUCAAUUCAGAAGUUGGCUUGCAAUUUUUAUUUUUAAAGGGCCAGUGUUUGCAAUAGGUAUUAAAGGAGAGCCAGAAAGCUUUCUCUGGAUUGUUCUGAGAUAUUCAUAAAGCCAUUGCUCAAAAGGUCUUCCAAAAUCACACUAUCCUCUCUGAGAGAUUUACCACCUUAUAAGUUUUAAAACUCAAUGGUUAGCUAAACGUAAUAUUGAUAGACCACCAGUGUUUCUGCUAAAAUCUAUCAUCUCUGACCCCAAUAAGCACUACCCAUUUUUAUCCUGUUGCUUUUCUGGCUGAGUUUAUAGUAGCAGUGAUGUUCCCUAAGCAGCAUAGGCCUUCCCAAUCAAGGUAGGUAUUCCCUUAAAUAAAGAGGAAAAUGCACUUUUGAUGUUUACCACCCGAGUGCCUAAUCAGGUUUGCAAAGAUAGGAGGAUGUCUGGGGAGGGACCUUUCAAUCCUCCAUCCUGAUCAUCUGAUGCUUUCUGGAAGCGUUCGCCCUCCCCAGCUUUUAAUUCCCUUGGGGUAUGGACCUCCACACAAGGCCCACAACACAGUUGUACCAUCAGAAUUGGGACUUUGUUAGCAUACUUUUGCCCAAUCUCACAUUCUUGGGACAGGGUGGAUUAGACAUUCACAUGAACAAGCCAAACCGCCCUUGGAAUGGACAGGCUGCUCUUUCCCGUGCCUCCAAUGUUCCUGAUUCAGCAUUUCAGACUGGGAGGGAAAUGGCUGGGGAGGUGGCGAAGAGGUGGGGUCUCAGAUGCUUGUACACUGAAAUAAAAGGACUUACAGCACA